AUGCACGUGACACACGUCCCUAUUGUGAAGAAGCACACCGCGCGCUUCAACCGCCACCAAAGCGACCGCUUCAAAUGUGUUGACCCUAGCUGGAGGAAACCCAAGGGUAUCGACAACCGCGUCCGCCGUCGGUUCAAGGGCCAGGCUGCUAUGCCCAAGAUUGGUUACGGAUCCAACAAGAAGACCCGCCACAUGAUGCCUUCUGGCCACAAGGCGUUCCUCGUCCACAACACAAAGGACCUCGACCUCCUCCUGAUGCACAACCGCACCUUCGCCGCAGAGAUCUCGCACUCCGUUUCAUCACGAAAGCGUGUCGAUAUUGUUACCCGUGCCAAGCAACUAGGUGUCAAGGUUACGAACGGCAAGGCCAAGAUCACCACCGAGUCAUGA